AUGAGCUCGGGAUCCGAGCCCCGGACAUCCCGGACAUCCUUCAGCAUCGCAGAUAUCCUAGGCCCGUGCAUGAUUCCCCGAAGGCCGUCUGUGUCGCAGCCUCCAGAGUCGAACCAGGGUCCCACGUCGCCGCUGUGCGCGCUGGAGGAGCUGACUAGUAAAACUUUCCGCGGACUUGACGGGCACACACCGCAGCCCUCUGAAGGCCGCGCGGCCCCGGGCGCGCUGGGCUCCGGCCGGGCUGGCCGCAGACGGCGGAAGUCACGCACGGCCUUCACCGCGCAGCAGGUGCUGGAGCUGGAGCGGCGCUUCGUCUUCCAGAAGUACCUGGCGCCGUCCGAGCGCGACGGGCUGGCGGCUCGGCUCGGCUUGGCCAACGCGCAGGUCGUCACGUGGUUCCAGAACCGGCGCGCCAAGCUCAAGCGCGACGUGGAGGAGAUGCGCGCCGACCUGGCCUCGCUGCGCUCGCUGUCCCCAGAAGCCCAGUGCCGCCUCGCGCUGCCGGACGGCGCCCCAGGCCUCGGCCCUGGCCCCGCCAGGCCUGACUCUGAGCUCCACCUUUCUGACGAGGAGAUACAGGUGGACGACUGA